CCUCCGCAGGGAUUUCACCGAGACGACCGAAACCGAUUUCCCUCCCCACCCGCGGACCCGCCUCGCUCUUCUUCCCCUUGUAGUGCACUGCCGGCUGGUGGAGAAGGCCGCCAUGAGCAUAGGCAUAGGCAUAGGCAUAGAUGUGGUGGCGUUUGGAUAUGGCUAGGUAGCUCCCCUAGCUUAGCCCAACAGCCCCGACCGGAAAGCCUGAUUCUGAAAUUGCCCCCCAUUUCAAACAGUCCAAACACAAAUCACAGACGAAAUUCGAACUGGUUUUGAUGGAGAUCCUGCAAGUGUGACGCAUCCACUUUGAUCCUUCCUCUUGAACAGACGCUCCGAAUUUUUAUUUGUCCCAACUUUGGAGCAGAGAGAGGAGUGGCUCACAUAACAAGGGGAUGAGGAGGUAAACGAGCCGCCGUUACCGACAAGUUUAUAUCUUCCUAGGGAUAUAAGAGAAUGGGCGUCGAAACGAGUAAACAUGCCAAUACUUUCCUGCCAAACGAUAUGGAUUUCGGCAAACUGGAGAACAUGCUGCAAGAGCCAAGUGUCACGCCAAUUUGCCUGCCGGUAGAGUUUCUGAAAGUCAUCACACGCGAUUUUUCUGCGGACCAAGAACUAGGAAGAGGUGGGUUUGGAGUGGUUUACAAGGGGAUGCUUCAAAAUGGGAAAAUGAUUGCUGUGAAGAAGCUUUUUGAAAUGGGAGUGGAAGACGAUCAAUUCCAGAACGAGGUCACCUAUCUUAUCGGGGUAAAGCACCAAAAUAUAGUACAACUUGUGGGCUACUGCGCUGAAUCACGGUGGGAAGCAACACGAGUAGGUGGGAGAUAUGUCAUGGCUGAGAUACGGAAGAGAUUGCUCUGCUUCGAGUAUCUAAAAAACAACAGCCUUGAUAAGCAUAUUUCUGCUGAAUCUUGUGGACUUGAGUGGCGCAUAAGAUACGAUAUAAUUAAGGGGGUUUGCAGCGGCUUGCAUUACCUUCAUGCUGAAUGCCGAAUUGUCCAUUUAGACCUCAAACCCCAAAAUAUAUUGCUGGAUGAUAGUAUGGUCCCCAAGCUUGCCGAUUUUGGCAUGUCUAGGCUCUUUGGCCAACAGGAGUCUCGAGUUAUCACCGAAAGUCGUGGGGGUACACUUGGAUACAUGGCACCAGAGUACAUAAACAAUGGAGUAAUCUCAACCAAGUCAGAUAUAUUCAGUUUGGGCACUAUAAUAAUUGAGCUAUUGACGGGAAGCAGGGAAUAUCCCCAGAGUAGUGAAACACCGUUUGAGCACUUCAUUGAGAAUGUGAUUGCAAAUUGGAGACACAGAUUGGAAAAAACACUCAGUCAUAGAGCGUUGUUAGCCUGUUCCGAGCAAAUAAACAGAUGCAUCGUAUUAGGACUAAAUUGUUUUGAUCUCGAUCCCCAUAAAAGGCCCUCUGCAAGGGAUAUAUUACAAACCCUGAAUGAAUUGGAAAGUACAGAUUGUUGUUUUGACAUGAAUGAUGUGCCAGCAGUGGGCCAGGAAUCAGAAGUAAACACAUAUUUAGUGUGUGGCGAUGUAAAUUCCAGCAGCUUAGCAACAAAAUUCGACAGAAUAUUGAGUAGAGCAUUCGCCCCAAGCUCUGCAAACAUGAGCAUCGUUUUCCGCUCUGCUCCCAAAGGAAGAAGGAUAUCGAUCCAGGCUUUUGAGGUUGCUAACACAAUUGUCAAGGCCUCCAAUCUGAUAAAAUCCCUCUCUAAGCAAAGAAUAAGGCACCUGAAAGAGGGUGUGCUUAGGUCUGAAGGUGUCCGCUGUCUUAUUUCGGAAGAUUACAGUCUGCUGUCCAUUCUCAUUGAAGAUGACAUACGAGAAGAGUGGAGAGGAUUUUGUAAAGAGGUUGCCCGGUUUGGAGAUAUGUGUGAAUGUCUUCAAUGGCACAAUCUCAAUCGGUAUUUCUGCAGACAUGGUUCUCCACUGCCGUCUAAGAACUUCAGUGAAGAAGCACCUCCCAGUAUGCAGUAUCUGAUAAAAUUGGCACAAAAUACAGGGGUUCUGCACCAAGAAAUGCUAGCACUGGACAGACUUGAGCGCACUCAUUAUGUAGCAGCUGUUCCUGCUAAGAAACAUACUGAUGCUAUCAAGAGCAAAAGGGGAGCGGUGAAGGUCUUAAAAAGGAAAUCGCUCUGGUCGAGGAGUAUGGAAGACAUUGUAGAGAAAUUUGUAGAGAUCGGGGACUUCAUCCAUCAUGAGAUCAACAGCGCUUUCUUGGAGAACCACGCCGAGCAAUCAUGUGGAGCACUUCGCAUACCUAACAACCUCGCGAAAACAUUAGGGCCCACUGGACUCGCGUUGCAUUAUGCCAAUGUUAUUUUGCAGCUAAAAACUUUGGCAUUGGCAUCACCCGCGGUUCCUCAAAAUGCUCGAGAGGCUUUAUACCAAGCACUGCCUCCUCGGAUCAAACCAGUUCUGCAUACCCAACUGCGGCGGCGUUUCCCCCAUGGAGAAAAGCAGACCAUGACGGUAGCAGAGGUGAGAGCUGAAAUGGAUGGAGUAUUGCGGUGGCUUGUGCCAGCUGCGGAAUCCACGAGGCUUUACCUCAGAGAAUGGGCGAUGAAAGGGAUGGAGUGUGUCGAUGUCGACAAAGCGAACUGGUUCGAACAAGACAGCCGGAUCGGCGUCGGUUCCAUGCUGGCUCAUGCAGACGCCAAAGUGAGCAAGGUAGAGACGCUGUACUACGCCGACAAGGAGACGACGGAAGGUUACAUAGCGGAGCUUGUUCUGGCUCUUCACCUUCUUGUUUCGCCGCCUACGGACGAGAAAUGAGUCCAAGAUGAAGGCGCUGAUGAACAGUUGAGGUGGGCACAGCUUGAAGCAUAUGGAUUAACUUAUCGUCCAAUGUACUCUGUCGAAGCAAUGAGGGGAUAAGCGGGCAGCCUUGGAUGCCUGAUUUUUUGCCCCCUUCAGAUGCGUCAAACAGUUGUGACGCCGAGGGAAGCGUCACUAUGGGACUGGGCACAGACGCCGACGGCCAAAUGUCGGGGCCGUCGGCGUAGCCUGUGGAGCUCGUCAGUUUCUACGCGUGCCGAUUCUUUUGAAGUUUCAGUUUCUAAGCAGGCUCUCAUUUGUUUCUGAAACUUGUCCAAGAACUCAGUUCACUCGGUCUUAUACAUAUAUAGACAACUAAAAGAUAACCUCACAUUUGUGCAGUUAGAUUGUCUGCAUCUUUUUAGACAUGUUUUAGAUUUUAACACACUCUUCUAUACACAAACUUUAUCCAUUA